CUCUUUACAGAACUCUUCUAUAGCCCCGCCCCCACCAUCCAUUAGCCCCGCCCAAAAUCCUUCCCACCGGCUCGACACCGCCCUCAUGGAGACGCCGCAGGACACACUGGAGUUGAAUCGUUUGAAUCUAGAAUCAUCGAACGGAAAGCUGACAUCUGAUUUGUCGGUUUCCUACAUUGACUCCUCCCUCAUCUCCCCGGAGACUGGCUCCUUAUUGGGGAACACAGUUUCCAUGGCAUCAGCUGGCUCCUUAUUGGCUAAACAGAACAAGCCCAAAAGUGGGCGGAGUUUACUGGGUGGCCCUGCAGCACUCAGCCCACUGACGCCCAGUUUUGGUAUCCUGCCCCUGGAGCCCAGCCCUGGAGACCCCACAUAUCUACAGAACUAUUCAGCUACCAUGGAAACCCAAACUACAGCUCCCAGCAAGAAGUCCGUCUCCAGGAUCAGUCAGUCCAAGUCUGUCUUCAGUCAGAGCGGUAACAGCAGAGAUGUCCUGCCCAUCCCCUUCAACCAAUCACAGACCUCGGCUCCUCAUACCAGUGGCUCCCCUCAGGUCCUCAGUCCCAGUAUGUCCGGUCCUCCAAAUGUUCAGCCCAGAAGAAGCUCCAGAUUGUUUACCAGCGCCAGCUCCACUGCCAAGGAGAACAGUAAGAAGUUAAAGAUGAAGUUUCCCACAAAGAUCCCAAACAGGAAAACAAAAUGUAAAUCAGCAAAGACGACAAACAGCAGCAACCUGAACGAGAGUCUGGACAUCCUGAGACUGGAUCCCAGUCUGAGUCUGCCUGACACCAAGAUCCCCCAGUACCAGAGGGCCGCCGCAGACAGCGUGAUGGCGUUGCUACGGGAACUGGGCCGUGGUUACCAGGCGCUCUGCUCCUACAACUGCAGAGACGCCAUCAACAUCCUGACCUCCCUCCCACCCCAGCACUACAACACCGGCUGGGUCCUCACACACAUCGGCAGGGCCUACUUCGAACUGGCCGAGUACACACAGGCGGAGCGUCUGUUCAGCGAGGUGCGCAGGAUCGAGUCGUUCCGAGUCGAGGGCAUGGAGAUCUACUCCACCACCCUGUGGCACCUGCAGAAAGACGUGGCCCUGUCCGCCCUGUCCAAAGACCUGACAGACAUGGACAAGAACUGUCCCGAGGCCUGGUGUGUAGCAGGAAAUUGUUUCAGUCUUCAGAGGGAACAUGACAUCGCCAUCAAGUUCUUCCAGAGAGCCAUCCAGGUGGACCCUGGUUUUGCGUAUGCCUACACUCUGUUGGGACAUGAGUUCGUCCUGACGGAGGAGUUGGACCGAGCGCUCGCCUGCUUCAGGAACGCCAUAAGAGUCAACAACAGACACUACAACGCCUGGUAUGGUCUGGGGAUGAUCUACUACAAACAGGAGAAGUUUAAUCUGGCAGAGAUCCACUUUAAGAAGGCGCUGAGCAUCAACCCUCAGAGCUCCGUGCUGCUCUGCCACAUCGGAGUGGUGCAGCAUGCGUUAAAGAAGUCAGAUGCAGCUUUAGAGACUCUGAACAGAGCCAUCGGGAUCGACCCCAAAAACCCGCUCUGCAAGUUCCACCGAGCCUCCAUCCUGUUCGCCAACGACAAGUACAAGGCGGCUCUGCAGGAGUUGGAGGAGCUGAAACAGAUUGUUCCCAAAGAGUCUCUGGUUUACUUCCUCAUAGGAAAGGUGUAUAAGAAGCUGGGUCAGACUCACCUGGCUCUGAUGAACUUCAGCUGGGCGAUGGAUCUGGAUCCUAAAGGAGCCAACAACCAGAUCAAAGAGGCCAUCGACAAGAGAUACCUACCCGAGGACGAAGGUGAGACACGCUCUGGAGAGCUGAGACAGGGUCCAGACAGGUGAGACAGAACCCAGGGGAGGUGAGACAGGUACAGAGCCCCUGAAGAGGUGAAACAGGUACAGGACAACCUUGUCUCUCUCUCCACCUGUCUCUUUCUCU